AUGUGUUGUUCUUUUUCAGAGACAAGUCGAAGAAUUCGAGUCAAUGAUCAUCUUGCCAAUGCUGCUCAAGAAUUUGCCGAUAAUCGAAUAUCAACGUCAAAAUAUAAUUUAAUAACAUUUUUACCUAAGAACCUCAUUGAACAAUUUCGUCGAUUAGCUAAUGCCUAUUUUGUAUUUCUUGUGUGUUUGCAAUUUAUUCCACAAAUUACUUCAUUAACACCUGGUACGAGUAUUGCACCACUUGCUAUUGUUUUAUCAAUAACUGCAAUCAAAGAUGCUAUUGAUGACAUUAGAAGGCAUCGAAGUGAUAGUGAAAUAAAUAAUCGUGAAACAAAAACAGUAGUUGGACAUGAAUUAGUAACUAGAAAAUGGCAAGAUAUUAAAGUUGGUGAUAUCGUACGAUUAGAAAAUAAUGAAUUUAUUACCGCUGAUAUUGUUCUUAUAUCGACUAGUGAACGGCAUGGUUUGUGUUAUAUUGAAACAGCUGAAUUAGAUGGAGAAACAAAUCUUAAAAAACGUGAAGCUUUACAAGAAACAUGUGGUCUCGAAGAUCAUAUCGAUCAAUUAUCUAGUUUAGAUGUGGAAAUUGAAUGCGAAGCACCGAAUAAUAAUCUUGGACGUUUUGAAGGAAAUUUAACAUCGAAAGGGAAAAAAUUUCCAUUAAGUAAUGGUAAUAUUCUUUUACGUGGAGCAAGACUAAAAAAUACACAAUGGAUUUUUGGCGUUGUUUGUUAUGCUGGUCCAGAUACAAAAUUAAUGAAAAACAGUGGCAAAGUGAAAUUUAAACGAACUAAACUUGAUCGUUUGCUCAAUCGAAUCAUUCUUAGUAUUUUUCUAUUCUUACUAAUCAUGUGUACGAUAAUGACAAUCUGUAGUGGUUUUUGGGAAUCUUUUAUUGGUUAUCAUUUUCGUAUUUAUAUACCAUGGGAAACAUAUAUAUCUACUAAUCAGCAGAUUGGUGCACUUGAAAUAAGUUUAUUAAAUUUUUUAUCAUAUGUUAUUAUAUUACAUACUGUUGUGCCCAUAUCACUUUAUGUCAGUCUAGAAAUUAUACGUUUGAUACAAUCGAAAUGGAUUGAUUGGGAUAAUAAAAUUGAAAUAAAUAAUCGUGAAACAAAAACAGUAGUUGGACAUGAAUUAGUAACUAGAAAAUGGCAAGAUAUUAAAGUUGGUGAUAUCGUACGAUUAGAAAAUAAUGAAUUUAUUACCGCUGAUAUUGUUCUUAUAUCGACUAGUGAACGGCAUAGUUUGUGUUAUAUUGAAACAGCUGAAUUAGAUGGAGAAACAAAUCUUAAAAAACGUGAAGCUUUACAAGAAACAUGUGGUCUCGAAGAUCAUAUCGAUCAAUUAUCUAGUUUCGAUGUGGAAAUUGAAUGCGAAGUACCAAAUAAUAAUCUUGGACGUUUUGAAGGAAAUUUAACAUCGAAAGAAAAAAAAUUUUCAUUAAAUAAUGGUAAUAUUCUUUUACGUGGAGCAAGACUAAAAAAUACACAAUGGGUUUUUUGGCGUACAAGUAUAGAAAAUCAAGAAAAAGUCAGAAAUGUCUAUGAAGAAAUUGAAAAAAAAUUGAAAUUAAUUUGUGCUACAGCUAUUGAAAAUAAAUUACAAGAUGGUGUACCUCAAUGUAUUGAACGUUUAACAUGUGCUGAAACUGCUCAUAAUAUUGGUUUAUCAUGUCGUUUAUUAACAAAUGAUAUGGAACUCUAUGUUAUUCAAGAGGAGAAUGAAAACGAUGUUGAAAAAAAAUUACAAGAAGUUCGAAAUGAUAUGAUUAACAAAAUUGAACAAUUAUUUUAUGUUUAUAUUGAAGAUAAAAGUAAAAGACUUAAUUGGAAAGAUUGGGGCAUUGAUGUUAUGAAAUUUAAUCGAUAUAGAAUAUCUGAUUAUCAAAAUAAUAAUAAAACACAACAUCCAAAUGUUCAUGCCACAACAAUCUUUCAUACAAAUCAAUUAAAUAGUGAAGAAUUUUAUGGUUUCGGUUUGUUAAUUACAGGUGAAGCGUUGGCAUUUGCAUUGAGUAACAAAUUAAAAAUGAAAUUUCUUGAAAUUGGUACAAUGUGUAAAGCUGUUGUUUGUUGUCGUGCAACCCCACUACAAAAAGCUCAAGUUGUUGAUCUCGUUAUGAAAAAUGAAAGAAAAAUUACUUUAGCAAUUGGUGAUGGUGCUAAUGAUGUAUCAAUGAUACAAAAGGCACAUAUUGAUGUUGGUAUUAGCGGGCAAGAAGGUCGACAAGCUGUACUAGCAAGUGAUUAUAGCUUGGGACAAUUUCGCUUCCUUGAAAUAUUAUUACUUGUUCAUGGUCGCUUUUCAGCACAAACAUUAUAUAAUCCAUUCUUCAUAGCAACAUACAAUGUUUUCUUCACUUCAUUACCUGUUCUAGUAUUAGGUGUUUUUGAUCAAGUAAGUUAA